AUGUCCUCCAACGUCGCUAGGUCCGGCAUCACCACCGACGCCCAAACCGGCGAACGAUACAUUCCCUCCUCAGUCCGUGCCGACGGUUCUAGGCGCAAGGAGAUCCGCGUGCGCCCCGGCUACAAGCCACCCGAGGAUGUCGAACUAUACAAGAACCGGGCUGCGGCAGCAUGGAAAACCCGCGCAAAAGGCGGGGUGCCCGGUGCGGAAGGAUUGAGCAGCGAAGACGACAAGACCAAGACCGCAACAAAACCUACAACCGCUGCCACCACUGCCACCACUGCUGCCAGUAACAAGAACGCUAAGCGCCGCGAGGCCAAGCGAAAUGCGAAGCAAACUGACGAAGCCGGUCCCACCACUGAGGGCAAGGGCGUGGAGUCAAACAACUGGCGUGCCGCCGCACCUGCACCCGCACCCGCACCUGCAGAAGAAAAGCCUGCCGAAGAGCUUGUUGAUCUUGAAGCCGAGAAGGAGAAGAAAGCCCGCAAUCUGAAGAAGAAGCUACGCCAGGCACGGGAUCUUCACGAUAAGAAGCAGCAGGGAGAGGCGCUGUUGCCUGAACAGUUGGAGAAGGUUAUAAAAAUUCAGGAACUGGUCCGGCAGCUAGAUGUUUUGGGCUUCGAUUCUAAUGGGGACAAGAAAAAUGGGGACACCAAUGAGAAUGCUUGA